AUGGAUACCGUACCAACAGAUUCUCAGUUAGAAUCUCAAUUUUUUUCAUCUUCAGAAUCUCUAUUUUCUACUGAACGUGAUUCUGAUGACUACAAAUUCAUGUCAUCAGUAACCUUGGUAACAGAUGGCGAAUUUAGAGUUUUGGUGGACACGGGAUUAGCCACCGAUAUCAAUGGCGAAACCUUUAUUUUAAAAAGGCUGAAUGAAAUUGGUGCUCUUCCUUCGUCAAUCACUCACGUAAUUACAACUCAUGGUCAUCUUGAUCAUUCUGGAAACAAUAAUGAUUUUGCGAAUGCAAUUCAUUAUAUUGGAAGAUUUAAACAUUCUGGAAUGUAUUCUAACUUUUCUAGAAUCUUUAAAGAUGAAGUGGAAAUCUUAACACGAAAUAUCCACUUGCUAAAAAGUCCAGGCCAUACAUCAGAAGAUAUUUCAGUCUUCGUUAGAAACACUUCUUUCUUCGGAAAUGUUAUCAUUUCUGGUGACGUGUUUAUACGAAAAGAAGAUUUAAAAUACCCAAAUAUUUGGAAGUCGUUAGCAAUUAAUGAAAUGCAGCAAGAAGAAUCAAGAAGACGACUAGCUUGCAUAGCAGAUCACAUCAUUCCCGGUCAUGGACCAAUCUUUCGAGUAACGAAUCGGAUGAAACGAAAGUUCAAAUGUAUUAUCAAUUAA